AUGGGGGUCUCCAAGUCACGCAAAUACUGUAUUCUUCUCUAUGUUUUUCUCAUCUUCCUCGUUUCUUUUAUUUGCAACGCACAAGCUUUAUCAACAGUUGCAGAUCAGCAUGUCCUAGACGUGCCACCAAAUGAUGAAAAUACACCGGCUCGUGCUUCCCCUCCGGUUGCUGCUCCUAUUCUAAACAACGUGCCUCCUUUUGGAAAACCAUUAAGCAGCCAAGGGCAACAGUCUCCACUAGGUUACCAGCAGCAACAAGAGCUGAAUAAUCCACCGCAAGACAUUAAUCAGCCUCGGUCAGGCCUUACUCAACCACUUUCUUCUCUGAACCAGCCCCUCUCAGGCACUAGUGUGCCCUUUUCUGCUUUGAAUCAGCCUUUUGGGGCCAGUGAUUCCCAAAACUUACUGAGAAACCUUCCUUUUGCCAGUGGAGUUUCUGUGGAGAAAACCUCUACUGAUCUGGGAGUCGUUUUAUUUCCCCUCAUUACAUUGAUGGCUACGCUCUAG